AUGGCAGAGCUUGCCAGGUUCGUCUCGUAUCUCAAAGUCGACUACGCGCUAAUGUCUUGGCAGCUUGUGGCCAUCGGCUGCUUUGCCGGCCUGUGGUUGGGUGCCAUCUCGAGCGCUCUGGGUGUUGUUGUUCAGACACAGACAUAUGUUUCGAUCACGAUGCCAUACGAUUUCCAGAGGUGGCAAGCCUUCUUGCCCACAUCCAUCGCAAUUCAUAUUGUUUUCUUUAUUGCCAUCGCUAUAGUACUCGCUGUUUGUACGCCGGAAAAGCAUAAUGCCAAGUAUGUCUUCACUGACUUCAAUAACUAUACUGGAUGGGAAAGUGAUGGUGUGGCCUGGUGUGUUGGACUGUUGACAGCUUUAUUCGACUACUUUUCUCUGGCGACCGCAUCGAAUUUUGCAGAGGAGAUUCCAAAUGCCGAACUCCAGGUUCCAAAAGAAGCAAGUCAUGUGACAGUGGUGACACAAAUCGCUCUGAACAGUUUCAUCACGACCCCUUUUACUAUCACAGUCUUAUUCUGCAUCGGCGACGCGUUAGAGGUGUUGCAAUCUAGCGUGGGCAUGACCAGUCCCUUUACGCAAAUCGUCCUGAACGCUACGAACAGUCCUGCUGCGGCCAUUAUCCUAAAUGGUGCAGGCACCUGUGUGGCUUUCGUCUCAGGCUUGGAUCUUUGGGGGGCGGCGGCGCGAGCCAUGUGGUCUCUCGCACGAGAUAAUGCUCUGCCGCCCAUUUUUGCACAACUCCAUCCUACGUACCAAGUUGUGGUCGUUUGUAUCCUUGCACCAUUCCUGCCUGCUGUCCUCGUAACCAUGAUCUAUAUCUGGAACAGCACUGCGUUCUAUGGAAUAAUGGCAGGAGUAAUUGUCGCUUUUCAGCUGUCAUAUGCCAUUCCCAUCGGGGCUCGUCUCUUCUAUUCCCGGCGGUAUUGUCCACAGGAAAGUGCACGCUGGAGCCUGGGGAAGUUUGGCGCAGUGAUUGAUUCUGUGCCACUCGCCUUUGGAUGCUUCUUCAUUGUUUUCCUCGACUUUCCGCCGCAAAUGCCCGUGACAGCUGUCAGCAUGAACUACUCCAUCGUGCUCAUCGGCGGUAUCGUAGUAUUUGCAAUAAUUGUUUGGUUUUGUUAUACCCGCAAACACUAUUUGGUAUCACAGGAACCAAUAACGGGCAUUGAGCCUGUUUCAAUUGCUGAGUUAUCUACGAGGGAAUCCAAGGACGAGGUCAUUGAAAACAAGAAGGAUUAA